AUGAGAGAAACCACAUCCAAUAAGUUGGCUCAGAAGAAAAACCCAAAAGCAAGAGCAACCAAAGAUGCCAAGAAUGCGGGAACAAAGAUGGUGGCAUCAGAUGUUGGGCUUGGUGCUGGUGCAUCAGCAGCAGUUGCCUUUUGCAUGGUUGAGAAGGCCAUCAAGACCACCAUCAACGCAACAAAGACCUUCAUUUUCAUUGCCUCCAUUUUCUUGAUCAACUUGAUAUUGAAAGAAAGAAAGACUGGCUCUACAAUCCCUCUUUAA